AUGGCGUGUUUCGGGGAAGACAAAAAAAAGGAAAAGUGGGUUUUAAUAACAAUCUUUUUGGGCAUCUUUUCUGUAUUGGUUCUCUUGCUGUUGCCGUUCUGUGUUUCGCGUAAGAAGUCGAAAAGGGGUAGUGAUAAACUUCCCAUAAGCCAGAUUCCAAAUGUUUCUAGGGAAAUCAAAGAGAUAAGGGUCGAUCAACAUUCAGCCAACCACUGUGUUGGCAAUGGCAGGGAUUUCUUCACUGUCCAGGACAAGAAUGAAGAAGAUUCGGAUAAGUUUUUGGCACAUUUUAGCAAUGAGAAGGCUAAGAAUGGUGAUAGUAGCAGUCAAUCCAGUUCGUUUAAUUACCUGGAAAAAAAUGAUGCUGCUCAUGAAUCUGAGGAUAAGAACGGUUCUGUAGCAGUAUACCAGCCUUCUUCAGAUCCUAUCACUGUCUCUUCCCCUCUAGCUGGUCUGUCCGAGCUCUCUCACCUUGGUUGGGGUCAUUGGUUUACCCUAAGGGAUCUAGAAAUUGCAACGGGCAAGUUUUCGAGGGAAAAUAUUAUUGGGGAGGGUGGAUAUGGAGUUGUCUAUCGAGGCCAACUGGUCAAUGGUACUUAUGUGGCAGUGAAAAGGCUCUUAAAUAACUUAGGACAAGCAGAGAAGGAAUUCAGGGUGGAAGUUGAGGCUAUUGGUCAUGUCCGGCAUAAAAACUUAGUUCGGCUUUUGGGUUAUUGUAUUGAAGGAACCCAUAGGGCAUUGGUAUAUGAGUAUGUCAAUAAUGGCAAUCUAGAGCAGUGGCUCCAUGGAGCAAUGUCCCUGCACGGAUACCUCACUUGGGAGGCUCGUAUGAAGAUUCUACUUGGAACGGCAAAGGCUCUUGCAUAUCUGCAUGACUCGAUUGAGCCCAAAGUGGUGCAUCGAGACAUUAAGUCGAGCAAUAUACUGAUUGAUGAGGACUUCAAUGCUAAAAUAUCAGAUUUUGGCCUUGCCAAGUUGCUGGGUGCUGGGAAGAGUCAUAUUACUACCAGAGUUAUGGGAACCUUUGGGUAUGUAGCUCCGGAAUAUGCAAACAGUGGCCUCCUAAAUGAGAAGAGUGAUGUUUUUAGCUUUGGGGUUGUGCUUUUGGAAGCAAUAACUGGCAGAGAUCCCGUUGAUUACAGCCGCCCUGCACCUGAGGUGAAUUUGGUCGACUGGCUUAAGAUGAUGGUUGGAGCCAGACGUUCAGAAGAAGUGGUUGAUCCCAAGAUUGAGACUAGGCCAUCAACGUCUUCCCUGAAACGAGCUCUUUUGACUGCCUUAAGGUGUGUUGAUCCAGACUCAGACAAAAGGCCAUCAAUGAGUCAAGUUGUGCGGAUGCUCGAGUCUGAAGAAUAUCCAGUGCCACGAGAGGGUCGUGGAAGGAGGAAGAAUCAAUCAGUCAACAAUCAGAAAGGAAAUUCUGAUACAGAUAGGAAUGACAAUUAAAAUUUGAGGUCGGAAAGCAAAAGUAAGAGUCGAGCAUAGCCGAGUGGGCAAACGUGCAAAAGUGAUUUAUAGGUUUAGGGAUUAGGGAAAUGGUAAAUGCUUACAGGAUACAGCAUCAUGAGAUACAGUUUGUGCAGUUUCUUUUUAUUUUUAACUUUUCACCUUAGUAUGUGCAUCUGAACAGAGGGGAUAUGAAUAUAUUCACUUUGAUUGAACAAGGAUGUGAAGAAUUGGUUUUUGAGAUUGGAUUUUUGUCCAGCUUUUCA